GUGAUUGAAAAAAAUCGACAUCGGCUUUUUUAUGAUGAUUACAUUCCAACAAGUUGAUAGAUAUUUUAACCUACGAUUUUAUACUUUCGUAUUUAUCCUGCUUAACCCAUUGAACGACCGUUUUUUCCAUGUUUCGUUACCUUGUAAUAGUGUGCAUGAGCUCUCGGCCCUCUCUUAUGACGUACUAUUCCCAAGACAGCCCUCCACUUCCUUCGACGGAAUUUCAUUUGAUAAUAAACAUAUUAUUGAAAUUCAAACUUCAUAAAACUUCAGUUCAGUUCAAUUCGAAUAUUUGAAUUCUUAUUGCCUCAUGAUGGUGUAAUAAGCUGUGACCGAAAUUUUGAGGCCAAAAAUUCUUGGAAUAAACACCUUGAAAACGGUUUUGAAAGACAUAAAACUCGGUAAAUCAUGUAAACAGACCAGGGAAAAUACUCCACGUCUCAAAAAUGGCUAAAACCAUUCAACUUGAAGAUUUUCCUUGAUCUACCUUUUAUAUAAUCAUAAUAAUGAACAACUAAUUCCGGAAGGCGAUCGUGUUUGUAUACCAAAUAGUUAUUAGUGCCAUAAAUAGGCAGUAAUUAAAAAAAGUCCGACAAUAUCUCUGGAUCUACUCAUUCCACUCUCAAAAAAAUUCCAUUUUUCCAGGUACUCUUUGCAAGGUACUACCAAAUCGUUCUAGAUCAUAUCUUCACAUUAAAGAUUUAAUUCUCCCAAUUACUAAAUCACGUGAAAAAUAAGGUAGUUCUUCAUGUUUGCUUUGAUAUAAAUAAAUUUUUGUCGUUUAGAGGGUCUCAUUCUUAUCUUUCUACAGAUGUAUUCUAUUUGUCCUCCAUGACCCUUUUUCGUGGUUUCAUUUUUUAUGAGACUUGUCUUGAGUAUAUAAAUCCUCAUAGUCGCUACGUUAUGCCUCGGAGUUUGUACACAUAGUUGCAGUGAAAACAUUCAACUGAAAUUUGGGAGCUGUGAUCUUUUCUUUUUUAAUCACCAUUUUCGUAAUUGGAAAGAUUUUUUUUUACCACGAUGGACAAAACCAUUGUCUUGUCCAUCUUUUUAGUUCAUUUAGUUCACUUCACAUCAGCCCUGGCUAUCAAUGUAUCCGAUAGUGAAUGGUUUGGAAAUGAUGAUCAGACAUUAAGCAGAUACGAGCAGAUGAUUAAUGCGUGUUUGAUGUGUUCCAAAGAGGAAGAGACAGAAGCAGCAAAUAACGCGGCCACGGGCUCCCUUCCUGCGACGAAUUUCCUCGACGCGUCCGAGGAUAUCGAAAAAUCCGAUGUAUUCCAAAUGAUCCAGCGAAUGCCAAAAGGUGCAGCUGUCCAUGUUCAUCACAAGUUCAUGGUUCAUGGGGACUGGCUCUACAAUGCAUCGUUCGAAGAUAAUCUAUACAUUUGCGAUAAUAAUGGUGAAUUCGUACUAAAAUUUUUGAAACAACCAACCCGCGAUUGCAACUGGAAGUCUAUGAAUAAAAUGAGGGAAAAUCCGGUGGUAGCUCGAGCCCUGAACAAUCGCAUCUGGAGGAAGAUGACAAUGCUCGUGAAAAAUCCCAACAGGGCGUACCCAAAUCCUCAUGCUGCCUGGACUAAAUUGAAGGAUAUUUCCAAUUUCAUUGAUCCCUUGCUCACCUACAAACCGGUGGCCGAGGCUCAUUUCUAUUAUGGACUUCAAGAAUUAUAUGAUGAUAAAGUUAUCUACCUUGAGUUGAGAUCGCCAAUUCCAAAGCUCUAUGAUCUCAAUGGCAAAACUUAUAACAAACUUGAGGUUUUGGGUAUCUUGGAAAACGUUACAGAGAGAUUCAAGGAAGACCAUCCUGGCUUUAUCGGUGCAAAAAUAAUUUACACAAGAAGUAACGAGAAGACCAAAGCAGAGGUCCGCAAGUUCUUGGACGAAGCUGUGCAGUUGAAGAAGGCCUACCCCAAUUUCAUCGCAGGAUUGGACUUUACGGGUCAAGACGAGAAAACACCACAUUUGAACCCAUACCUCGACGAUUUGAAAAAGGUUAGACAACAAAUGAGGGUGUUUUUCGACGCUCGGAAGGCCAAAGCGUCCGAUCCCGCUGGUGACAAGAAUUUGCUGCAAGCUUUAUCGCUCAACGCAACAAGAAUAGGUCAUGGCUAUCCGAUUAUAAACGAUCCAAAGAUGUUGGAAUACGUGAAAAACCAAAAAAGCGCUGUGGAAAUUUGUCCGAUUUCCAAUCAAAUGCUGAAGUAUGUUAAUGACAUUCGUAAGCAUCCAGCAGCACAGCUACUGGACAAGGGGAUCCCAAUGGUCAUUUGCAACGAUGAUCCAAGUGUUUGGGGGGCCAAAGCUCUCAGCUAUGAUUUCUACGAGGCAUUCAUGGGCUUUAUGUCCAAGGACGCUGAUCUUCGGGCAUUAAAACAGCUCGCGAAAAACUCUAUCAUCUACAGUUCGCUCUCUCCGGAAGAAAAAGCUCAAGCGUUAGCCGCGUGGCAGAAGAAAUGGAUUGAAUUCAUUAAAGAAUAUGUCGAGGAAGAAGCUAAGAAGAAAAAAUAGAUAACGAGAGGACAUUAUACAUCACGAAAUUCAUUACUAAAAAAUUCACAAAUUCAUUAAGGGUAAAAAAUUUGCAUCAAGAUGGGGGUAAUGAUUCAUAACAAUAAAUGGAGUCCCAAAUUGACUUUUGUAUUUUUAUUAUUUUCUCAUCGUAUACCCUUUCGGGUUUUACAACUUGUUCCCAUCCUACUCUACAACCCCUUGUACCCGGUUCGUUUUGUACCCGGUAUCCUUUACUCCCUUGUGAGUAAAAUUGCAUUUUCUGAAUGGUGAUGAUGAAUAUGUCGUCUCCUACUGUUGUGACAUCUGGUUCGCCGUAAAUUAACAAUUUGAAAUGACGUAUUACUGUGUAAACUUCAGUGGAUAUUCUUCAGCAGAUAAAGCAAAUAGAGUGAACAAAAGGCUGGGUGAAGUUUUCAGAGGUGUGUUAAUAUUUUUUCGCAAAUGAAUUGUUAUGUUACGGGUCCAGACAUUGCGACAAUAGAAGAACGUGGCAUCAUUUACAGUCAUUAUAAAAGGGGCCGCGGCCGCCAGUCAAUGCCAUCAGUGCAGAUCGUUCACAAAAUUAAAAAAUUAAUAUGCG